AUGUGCUUGUGUGCGGGCUGCCGGGCUGCCCCGCGCCGGCCCCGAGCGGGUCCGCUCCCGGUGGCGGGCGGCCGGAGCGAGGGAGCGGACAUGGACUUCGACUCGUACCAGCACUAUUUCUACGACUAUGACUGCGGGGAGGAUUUCUACCGCUCCACGGCGCCCAGCGAGGACAUCUGGAAGAAAUUCGAGCUGGUGCCGUCGCCUCCCACGUCGCCGCCUUGGGGCUCGGGUCCCGGCGCCGGGGACCCGGCCCCCGGAACUGGUCCCCCGGAGCCGUGGCCCGGAGGGGGCGCCGGGGACGAGGCGGAAUCCCGGGGCCACUCCAAAGCUUGGGGCAGGAACUACGCCUCCAUCAUCCGCCGGGACUGCAUGUGGAGCGGCUUCUCGGCCCGGGAGCGGCUGGAGAGGGCGGUGAGCGACCGGCUGGCGGCCCCCGGCGCGCCCCGGGGGAACCCGCCCAAGCUGCCCGCCGCCCCGGACUGCGCUCCCAGCCUCGACAUGGGCACCCCGGUGCCCGCCGCCCCCUGUCCGCUGAGCGAGCCCAAGACCCAGGCCUGCUCGGGGUCCGAGAGCCCUAGCGACUCGGAGGGCGAAGAGAUCGAUGUGGUGACGGUGGAGAAGAGGCAGUCCCUGAGCGUGCGGAAGCCAGUGACCAUCACGGUGCGAGCCGACCCCUUGGACCCCUGCAUGAAGCACUUCCACAUCUCCAUCCACCAGCAGCAGCACAACUACGCCGCCCGUUUCCCCCCCGAAAGCUGUUCCCAGGAAGAAGGGCCUCCGGAGAGAGAUCCACAGGAAGAGCCCCCGGAGGGAGAUGCUCCGGAGGAGAAGGGAGAGGAGGAGGUGCAGGAAGAGAUCGGGAGCGCCCUGCCUGGAGAAAGCGAGGCUCCCCAGCCCUGCCACCCCAGACCCGUCGGCUCUGACACCGAGGAUGUGACCAAGAGGAAGAACCACAACUUCCUGGAGCGCAAGAGGCGGAACGACCUCCGGUCGCGGUUCUUGGCCCUGAGGGACCAGGUGCCCACCCUGGCCAGCUGCUCCAAGGCCCCCAAAGUGGUGAUCCUGAGCAAGGCGCUGGAAUACUUGCAGGCCCUGGUGGGGGCCGAGAAGAGGAUGGCCACGGAGAAGAGGCAGCUUCGGUGCCGGCAGCAGCAACUGCAGAAAAGAAUCGCGUACCUCAGUGGCUACUAA